AUGCGCUGGAGCAUCUCCGCACCGCUUCUCGCGGCUAUAGGAGCAGACUAUGCCUUCGCAUAUCACCACCAUCAUGGGAGACAUCACCAUGUCCAUCUCAAGCCUCAUGCCCAGAAAUUAGAGCCGAGGGAUGUUGACUGGCUGGACCGCAUCCCGGCGGACAUGAAGGUAGAGACUCGCACUACCACUACCACGACCACAGUCUUCGCGGACUGUCCAUCCACUAUCACCAUCGAGCCCGCCACCACCACAAUCCUUGCCGAAUUAAUACAUGUCCCAACAAAUGGAGUAGCUGUUCCAGCGCCUGCAGUGCCCAAACCACAGAAGCCGGAGUGGAUCAAGUCGAUGCCAACAAACUUGAUGUCGACCAACUCAAUGCCGAGUGAAGCUAUCUCUGCUCCAACCCAUAUCGCAAAGCCUGGCCCGACACUGGAUGAGCAAAUAACUACAAUCGACAUGACCACGACAGUAACGAAGCUUCAAACUGUCGAUGCAAGCACCAAGAGCAGCAAUGUGGCCCCAUCAUUGGCGUCUACCACCUCCGUCGAAACAAAAUCAGACGCGAUGCCGCCUGCGUCUCCAAUACCAACAGCUCCAGCAAAGAUCGAUGCACCCCUAGCUCUAGGUCUUCUUCCUUCGCUCCCACAACUCCCACAGGUGCUCGAAGACACACCAAAAGAUGUUGUCUCAGAACUCCCACUUUCUGACCUUCCAACUUUGCCAUUGAGCCAAAUCCUGAAUCCCAACGGACCUUCAGUACCAGCGAAUCUCGACUGGACCGCUAUCCCAAAAGAUGGAGACUUUGCGAUUAAGGGCUUUGGCGGACGAAGUAAGCCGUCAGGAACACAGAUAAAGUACCACGGCAAUGUCGGCAUUCCCUGGGGAAGCAAUGUUAUCUCCGUGAGUCCGACCGAGGCACAUCAAUACAAGUACGUGGUGCAAUUUAAUGGCGCAAACACCAAGCCUUGGACAAUCACGAUUUGGAACAAGGUCGGGCCUGAUGGUAAAAUGGACGGGUGGUAUGGCCACUCCGCAUUGACGUUUGUUCUCGCGCCCGGUGAGACCCGGUACGUCGCUUUUGAUGAAGAUUCUGAGGGUGCUUGGGGUGCAGCACCUGGAACCAAUGGUCUACCGGUGGAUAAUUGGGGUGGUUUCACGUCAACUUGGGGAGAAUUCUCGUUCGGAGAUGCGGAGAAUGAUGGCUGGUCCGGUUGGGAUGUUUCCGCUAUUCAGGCGCAGCUCGCGCAUCAAGAUGUGCAGGGCAUGCGGAUUUGUAUGGCUGAUGGGAAGGGGUGCUCUAUCAUUACGCCACAGGCUAAGAAGGUGGUUGAUGCUUAUACUGCGUCUGAGCGACAUCACGAUGGAAUUGGGGGUGCGGCUUCACCUGGGCCUGUAAGGCUAGUGGUGGAUAUUGAUUACCAGGGUUAA